GCAGCGCAGCGCCAGCAAUGUAGUGUGCACUGCAAUUUCAGAUAACCAGAGGGGCAAACCUAAAACAAGGAAGUGUCACAAGGACUUAGUCACACGUCACUCUGGUGCGUGCGAAUACGCCGCUUCCUCAGUACCCUCAGCAACGUCUCUACGCAGUCGCUGCCCAAGUUGCUCCACCUUUCAAAUCUCGCUUCCAACGAGCCCUUUUAACGUCGUCUUACCGUCAUGUCCGAACCUUACGACCCUUACCUCCCCCGUAAUGGCUCCUCAUCCAAUCCCGCUGGCGGGUCAAGUCAGGGUGGAAACCCGAAAACCGCAGCUAUUCAACAACAAAUCGACGACACCGUUGGUAUCAUGAGGGAGAACAUCACAAAGGUCGCAGAGCGUGGAGAGAGGUUAGACUCAUUACAAGAUAAGACAGAUAACCUUGCUGUUUCAGCACAGGGCUUCCGUCGGGGUGCCAACCGAGUACGGAAGAAUAUGUGGUGGAAAGACAUGAAGAUGCGCAUGAUCAUUGGUGUUGCGAUCGCAAUUAUCAUAAUCAUCAUCGUAGUCAGCAUUGUGAAGGCAACACAUCACUAGGCAGUACGUGUACAGACUGCUUAUCCGCCUACCACUGGCUUGUUGAAUGUUGUAUCUAUGCACCGUAUCGUUAAUUCUUCUCCUUUUUUCCUGUUUUACAUUUUGUUGGCUGCCUUCUUUCGUAGGGCCCUAGUAGCGGAUGGUGGACCCUGGUACAUAUAGUUGUCGCUUCGUUGAAUGGUCACAUGUUGUGCUUAUGGAUGAUCCACAUACUACUCGCUCUAGGCUAGGUUGUCAGCAUCAACCAAGCUCUACGGUCUAAAAUUCCUGCUAGGGUCUUUCAAAAUGAAGUUUUGACUUGAGCUGUUAACAAUGAC